AUGUAUGUGCGCAGUAUAUCUUCUAUUGACUCAGAACAAAACAAAAUACCGUAUAUUUACUUAAAAGCUGCUGCUACUUUAAUUCAAAUAUUUUUUUCGAAGGGCUCGUUGAAUAAUUGCAUAAAGAAAAGAAAACAACCACUGUCCGAGACGAGAUCGUAUGGAUGUCUUUCGUUUGUAUCUGGAUCUUCAUCGACAUUUACAAUCGCAACAUAA